CUGAGAUGGCUACGAAACUUGGAACAUCUAUGGAGGAGGUGGAAAUCAAUAAUGAUAUCGGAGGAGAGAAUCAAUCUCGAAACAUCAAAUUAGAAGUCGCAAUUCGAUGCGCCAAAUCCGCCAUGCUGCUCUCUUCUCUCAAACGACAUCAUUCCUCCCACAGUUCCACCACACUCACCAAUGAUGACGAAAAAGUGGAGGAGCUGAAGAAAGAGCUGGUAAAGGCCAGAGUGAAGAAUAAGAAGAUGAGAACCUGCAGCUUUUACGAGCUUUGUCUCCAGAUCGCGCUCUUGUUCUCUCUCUGGACUCUGUGUUUGUUGAUCGCCUUCAAUUUUCUCCAUCAGUUCGCAAAUAAUUCUCCGCCAUAAACGAUCGACUGCGUCUAAUUGUUUGUAACAGUCAUGGAUUUUAGAUUCUGGAACUCUGUAAACAGGAAGGCGGUAGUAAUCUGUAUUGAUUGAAUUUCA